AUGCCAGGAGGCAAAGGAAAGUCCGUGGGAGGUGGAAAGGCCGCGCCCAAAGAUGCCAACGGCAAAGGACCACGAUCGCACAGUGCAAAGGCCGGACUGCAGUUCCCUUGCGGCCGUGUCAAGCGAUUCCUAAAGAGCAACACGCGCAACAAGAUGCGCGUCGGAGCAAAGGCAGUGCUCGAGUACCUGACCGCCGAAGUCCUGGAACUCGCAGGCAACGCCGCCAAGGACCUGAAAGUCAAGCGUAUCACGCCGCGACAUCUCCAGCUCGCCAUCCGCGGUGACGAAGAACUCGACACUCUCAUUCGCGCCACCAUAGCCUACGGAGGUGUCCUGCCACACAUCAACAGAGCCUUGAUCACCAACGCCGACAAGAAGAAGCACAGCUAG